UGACCUCAAGGGCCCAGGAGGAAACGCAAGAGGGCAGGAGGGCUCCCUGAGGUGGAGAGCAGACAGAGAGCAGGUUCUCCUUCUGCCCUGUCUUGAAAGAUGCCCCCAAUUUACACCCACACGGGCGCCGGAAUGGCCAGGUUGGUGAGGAGGGGGAAUGGGCGACGCUCCCAUGUAGACACCCAGAGAGGUGAGUCCCUGAGAUGGAGAGAAAGGGGUAUCCGCGAGCGCACUGCCCUGUGGGAGAGGGAGAAUCUCGCUGUUUGCAGAGUCAGCUGUGUGGAAGGCUGCAGCCAUCCUGUUUUUGCGUGUGUACCUACCGAGGCAAGAAGAUCGCUUGGGGUCAAGAGUUUGAGACCAGCCUGGGCCACAGAGCAAGACCCUGUCUCUACAAAAAUAAAAAUUUUUUUUUUUGUUUUUGAGAUGGAGUGUCGCUCUGUCGCCCAGGCUGGAGUGCAGUGGCACUAUCUCAGCUCACUGCACGCUCCGCCCCCCGGGGUUCAUACCAUUCUCCUGCCUCAGCCUCCCGAGUAGCUGGGACUACAGGCGCCCGCCACCACACCCAGCUAAUUUUUCAUAUUUUUAGUAGAGACGGGGUUUCACCAUGUUAGCCAGGAUGGUCUCAAUCUCCUGACCUCAUGAUCCGCCCACCUCGGCCUCCCAAAGUGUUGGGAUUACAGGUGUGAGCCACCGCACCCAGCCAAAAAUAAAAAAUUUUUUAAAGUGACAUUUGAGAUGUACUUUUAAGUGAAGCUGAUGUGUUUGGUAUUAUUUUCUUGCAGAAAGUGAGGGGCAUUAGUGUAAAGGAUUUUGGAAGUGUUUAAAGAAACAAAAGGGAGCGUUGAGACGCCAUCCACCCCUGAGAGAAGCUGCGUGGUAUUAUGGCGGGGGGGGCACCAGGAUGGGUGGCCCCACUUCUGGCCUCUGACUUCCUGAGCCUCAGGCCCAUGUGGGCCCAGGCAGGGCCCGGCAGGCCGGGCUGCCCAGCUGCCCUCCACUGUCCCCUCUGCCACCAGAUGCCAUCCGGCAGAGCAACCAGAUGCUGCGGGAGCGCUGCGAGGAGCUUCUGCAUUUCCAAGCCAGCCAGAGGGAGGAGAAGGAGUUCCUCAUGUGCAGAUUCCAGGAGGCCAGGAAACUGGUGGAGAGACUCAGCCUGGAGAAGCUCGACCUGAAGAGGCAGAAGGAGCAGGCUCUGCGGGAGGUGGAGCACCUGAAGAGAUGCCAGCAGCAGAUGGCUGAGGACAAGGCCUCUGUGAAAGCCCAGGUGACGUCCUUGCUCGGGGAGCUGCAGGAGAGCCAGAGUCGCUUGGAGGCUGCCACUAAGGAAUGCCAGGCUCUGGAGGGUCGGGCCCGGGCGGCCAGCGAGCAGGCGCGGCAGCUGGAGAGUGAGCGCGAGGCGCUGCAGCAGCAGCACAGCGUGCAGGUGGACCAGCUGCGCAUGCAGGGCCAGAGCGUGGAGGCCGCGCUCCGCAUGGAGCGCCAGGCCGCCUCGGAGGAGAAGAGGAAGCUGGCCCAGUUGCAGGUGGCCUAUCACCAGCUCUUCCAAGAAUACGACAACCACAUCAAGAGCAGCGUGGUGGGCAGUGAGCGGAAGCGAGGAAUGCAGCUGGAAGAUCUCAAACAGCAGCUCCAGCAGGCCGAGGAGGCCCUGGUGGCCAAACAGGAGGUGAUCGAUAAGCUGAAGGAGGAGGCCGAGCAGCACAAGAUUGUGAUGGAGACCGUUCCGGUGCUGAAGGCCCAGGCGGAUAUCUACAAGGCGGACUUCCAGGCUGAGAGGCAGGCCCGGGAGAAGCUGGCCGAGAAGAAGGAGCUCCUGCAGGAGCAGCUGGAGCAGCUGCAGAGGGAGUACAGCAAACUGAAGGCCAGCUGUCAGGAGUCGGCCAGGAUCGAGGACAUGAGGAAGCGGCAUGUCGAGGUCUCCCAGGCCCCCUUGCCCCCCGCCCCUGCCUACCUCUCCUCUCCCCUGGCCCUGCCCAGCCAGAGGAGGAGCCCCCCCGAGGAGCCACCUGACUUCUGCUGUCCCAAGUGCCAGUAUCAGGCCCCUGAUAUGGACACCCUGCAGAUACAUGUCAUGGAGUGCAUUGAGUAGGGCCGGCCAGUGCAAGGCCACUGCCUGCCGAGGACGUGCCCGGGACCGUGCAGUCUGCGCUUUCCUCUCCCGCCUGCCUAGCCCAGGAUGAAGGGCUGGGUGGCCACAACUGGGAUGCCACCUGGAGCCCCACCCAGGAGCUGGCCGCGGCGCCUUACGCUUCAGCUGUUGAUCCGCUGGUCCCCUCUUUUGGGGUAGAUGCGGCCCGGAUCAGGCCUGACUCGCUGCUCUUUUUGUUCCCUUCUGUCUGCUCGAACCACUUGCCUCGGGCUAAUCCCUCCCUCUUCAUCCACCCGGCACUGGGGAAGUCAAGAAUGGGGGCCUGGGGCUCUCAGGGAGAACUGCUUCCCCUGGCAGAGCUGGGUGGCAGCUCUUCCUCCCACCGGACACCGACCCGCCCGCCGCCGUGCCCUGGGAGUGCUGCCCUCUUACCAGGCACAUGGGUGCUCUCCUUUUGGGCUGCAUGCUAUUCCAUUUUGCAGCCAGACCGAUGUGUAUUUAACCAGCCACUAUUGAUGGACAUUUGGGUUGUUUCCCAUCUUUUUGUUACCAUAAAUAACGGCAUAGUAAAAAUCCUUGUGCAGUA